AUGCACCCAGCCCCGUCGCCGACCAUCCCUCGACCGCCGCUCGUCGUCACUCCUCCUCGCGCCGACCAACCGGCACCGGCGCCUCUCUCGCUCUCCGCGUCGCUCGAGCAGCUCCAGGGCCAGGCCGCCUUUGCUCCACGCACCAUCUUCGACCCGCCGCAACUAGCGCAGCCUUACUCGGAGCCACAACCUGGGCCCGGCCCCCCACCUCGAGUCGCCGACUUGGUCGUCGACGGCCUCGACCACCGCAGGCUCUUUGUUCGCCUACCCGAGUCCGACCCGGUCCACCUCCUCCUCGAGCACUACGUCCCGCCCGAGCAACGCCCGCGCCGUGACCUGAGCGGCGACUACCGCGACAGGACCCUCGACGACCUCGUUAGCACGCACAACUGGCGAGGCGUGGCCCGCUUUGCCUACGAUCAGGUCACCCAGUCGCCGCCCAACGACACGGCGCACAUCCUCACCCACUGGGUCCUGCGCUUCCACGCCCUCCUCCGCCUUCGACUCGUCGCCGCCCUCUCUGCAGAGCUCUCGGCCGUCACGUCGCUCCUCCCUCCCGCGCACUUCCCCCCUUCCACCUCGUCUUCCUCGGCACCGCCAGCCUUCCACCCUGACGUCCCCUUCGAGCUGCACCUCCUCUCGGCCUCGCUCCCCUCCCUCGCCCCGGCGCCGCACGACGCGAUGCCCGACCAGGCCGCCGCCGUCGAACGGCUAGCGGCGCUUCUACAAGCGGCCAAGGGCGAGAUGUGGCACUGCAGGACGGUCGGCGACGAGCAGGGCGAGCGCGAGUGGCGCGAGAGGGUCGAGCGCGUGGGAGAGGUCCUGAGCGGGGUCUUGGGCGACCUCAAGGCACACGGCGCACAGCGCGCCCUCCUCGCCUCGUCGACGAGCCCGACCGAUGCGCUCCUCGCCGCCCUCGCGCGGCACCACUACUCGACGGGCGACCUCGCCUCGCUCGCCACGACCUCGGCCACUUCAACGACCUCGACGUCGCAGGGGCGGGGCGUGCGCAAGGCUCGCGUGCUCGAGCUCGUCGGGCGCGCUCAGUGGGACGAGGCCGAGCGGGAGCUGAGGGGGUUGGUGCGCGACGACGAGGAGGACCUCGAGGCCCAGAUCAACCUCGCCGUCGUGCUCCUCUACUCCCCCAAGCUCGAUGAGGCCAUCUCGCACCUCCACACCCUCCUUCGGUCGUCCUCUCCCUCCCUUUCCCUCGCCGCGCACCACUCGCCCACCCUCUUGUUCAACCUGUGCACGCUGUACGAGCUACGCAGCGAGCGCGCGACCGAGGACAAGGUGCGGCUCCUUGUCGCAGCGGCGAGCUGUGGAGGCGGGGCGCAGGGCGUCGAGGCGUCGAGCUUCAAGCUCGCGCUGUAGAACGGGCUCGUCCAGUGCACACGUAUACACUCUUCUCC